AUGCAGAACAAAAUCCGCGCUGCGACAUUCGAGGACUUGCCCUCCGUGGUCAAGGUGAUCCUCGCUGCUAUUAACAAGGAGCGCCUGUGGACCAACUUUGUGCCCUCCAAGACGGGCCAGGACGAGAGCUACGUCAAGGAGAUUGAGGCGCUGCUUAGGGAGCACCUGGACCCCUCCAACAAGGACUGGGUCAUCGAGGUCAUUGACCUCGCCAAGAACGGGCAGCCCUCGCAGAUUGUCUCGGUCGCCGUCUGGGACAUGUCCGCCGCUGAGGACGACGACCGCAAGAAGCGCGACGUCAAGACUGAAAUCAAGGACGACCGCCUGUCCGCCUACACCACCGUCGUCUCCAAGGCGCGCAACGAGUUCUUCAACCGCUAUCCUCAGCAUUCGUACCUGCAGCUCCUGGCCACACACCCCGAUCACCAAAACCACGGCUACGCCAAAGACCUCGUGCACUCCCACAUGGUCAAGGCCAAGCAGAAGGGUGGCGUCCUCACCACCCUCGGCGGCCCCUUUGGCUACAUCUUCUUCUCUGGACUGGGCUUCCAUGAUCUCGGCCCCGUGUCCCUGCCGCCCAGCUCGGCCAGCGAUUCCCACAUCAUCAAGGCCAUGUCGCUCACCGUGCCCAAGGAGGAGAGGAGGCAGUCCAUUGUCGACUCAGUGCUCAACUACAUAUCUAGCUAG